AUGGAUUCGCUUAUAGAGAUUGUCACAAAGACAAUUGGUAACUUGCAGGCCAAAGUUUCUUUCUUAGAUACUCAAAAACAACAAUACAGCGACAUAAGAAAACAUUUGACAGAACGUCAAUCUGGAAGUCCUGGGGCAAAUGAAACCCAGAAGGGACUGAUUCUGGGAGAGUUCAUCAUAUCUUCUCAAAUUUACCAGAAUAUAGGAUACGAAUACUACGUGGAAAGAAGUUUGCAAGAAGCGUUAACUCAUGCUACGGAUAAAUUACGGCUCAUCGAUGAUGCCAUCGAGCAGUUCAAACGUAAAAACAAAGAGGCUGACGAGACGUUGAAGAACUUGAAACAGGCGCAAGCGUUAGAAGAGAGUGCCGCAGAGUUUCAGGAGAAAGCUGAUCCAUCCAUAGACCCUGCGGAAAAUGAUGAGGGAUUGCCAUUCAUGGAAAUCAGAGAAGAACUGGACGAGGACGGUAAUGUCGUCUCUGGGUCUGUAAAUCCCACAACAGGUAAGCACAAAGGUGUGGAGAAUCCGGCCAAGAUCGAGGAGAUUAAAGAAGACGAUAAGGUUCAGAGCUCAGAGGAUGAACUGCUAGAAUCUAAUAAAGCGUGUGAUCCUACUUCUGAACAGAACAUACGGGAACCUACCAGUGAGGAGACCGGUAGAAAACAUAUAGACUCGUCAAAACUUUCAGAAGGGGUGGCUACUACUCCGCAACAACCCUUCCCAGACCGGGGCAACAACAAGGGCUACGCCAUUGAUCCCAAUGACAUUUACACAUUCGAUGAGAUUGUAGGUCAAUUGGAACACCAAGACUUGCUAGAGGAUGGUGAUAUAGAUGAAGAGGAUGUUCAUUACGAUUUUGACUCGUACAAUUCGCAUUAUAACGAUGAUGAGGAUCACGAAUCUGAUGAAAGUGACGAUUUCGACGAUAGUCCCGAAUCUUCGCUACCUUCAAUUAUACCGGAAGCGGCCAGAAGUCGGUUUUUGGAAGAAUUGAACGCUUUGCGGUCUUCUAAAAUGAAUACCAGCGCCGUUGAACCCGUAACCAAACCAAUCUUACCAAAAGACAAAAAAUCCGGCGCACAAAAGAAAAAGAGUGUUGGAUUCGCACCUGAGCUUGAAGUUUUCGAAAUAGACAACUUGAAGCAUGAGACAAAAGCCAACACUUUCACUGGCACGAAUGUAGUCGACACUCAAUCGAUUGCUACAGGUGUCGACCAGGAAGGUUUUGAUGCCGAUCUAUUCGCCCAACUCAUCGGUGCGAAAGGGUCGGAAGAAAUACAUGAAAAGUACGAAAAUAAGACAACCCCAGAGGAGCCUCAAAAAUGGAAACCUCGAGUGUCUAGAUUCAAGAAAGACAGAUCUUCGUCGCGGGAGGCAUCGGCCGAUAUAAAAUCAACACCCACUGGUGUUACAGAGAAAACCUCGAAUGUAAUGAACGACGUUUUGGAGAGAAACCCUGGAGUACAGGUGGUGAAUGACUUUCCCCCGACGCCAACUCAAAAGAGCAAAUUGCUCAAUAAAAAUAUGCGCUCACUCAGUAAGCCUUCAUCGAAAUCGAUAGCCAAGAACAAGACGGUGCUACCUCAAGUUACGGAAACGGAAGAUCCUAUUGAGCCUCCUAAAUCUCAUGAAACGAAAACUUUCAGUAACGCAGAUGCCAAACCUUUUCCCGAACAAAUCACAGAAGUCAUUAACAAAGACUCUCAACCGGUGGUUCAAAACCCGCGUGUCGAUUUUCAAGGUCUUGGCGAAAAUCUCGACGAUAUGGCUCGCGCAUACCUCUUGGGUCUUUACAACGACGAUGUGGACGAUGCAGGCACGGUGGUUGAACAUUUGGACGAUUUUAAAAAAUACAACAAAGAGGCUGAAUAUCUGCAGGAUGAGAUCGCUACUUUUCUGUCAGAAAACCCGGCCAGAGAGGAGGCAGAAAUCGAGAGCAACAGCGGCGAUAUAAGGAACAAUAGCUCAGCGAUUACCACGGAUGUGGUAGAGAGACCAACUUCCAUGCCGAGUGAUUACAACGAAGAAGACCUUGCACUAAAUGGUGACAAUUUGCAUUACGAUAUUGCUGUCGACUACCAACGACUAAGACAGAAAAUGAUAGCUUCUCAGGGCAACGUAGAACUAUCGCAGGAAGAAUUGCAACUGGAGCCCAUUGACGAGUAUGGGAAUCCCGUUAGAACCAGUAAAUUCAAAGCUGCCAAGUUAAGAUUUCGAGACGUUUAG